AGAGAACCAACCCAAACCAGAGCCAAAUUCUUAACAACAACACUAGAAUUGUGUGCGUGUGUGUGUAUUAAUCUCACAAAAUACAAAUAAACUAAUUUUAUUCUAAAAAAUGGCGAAGAAAAGACUAGUACCUGAAUGGCUAAAUAGUUCCAUGUGGUCAUCACCACCACCUCCUCCUCCGGCACCUGAAACCCCGAAAUCACGACCACAAUCGCCGCCGCACGACCGUUGUUCCUGUGAUUCAAGUUUUGUAAUCGAACCGCCAGUUCCGGUUUUGAUCAGACCGGAUUCUCCCAGUCCGUCUCUGAAGAUCGAAGUUAGAGAUCCGUUGACACGUGGCGCAAGUAGUGAUGAUGACGAAACUUGUUCUAUUUCUCGCCAAGCUAAUAUUUUACUAGAGCUUUCUAGGAAGGUCAUAAACAUGACGGAAUUGCGGAGACUUGCUUCACAGGGAAUACCGGAAAGUGCCGGCAUUCGCUCAACUGUAUGGAAGUUACUGUUAUAUUAUCUUCCAAGUGACAAGGAACUUUGGUCCUCAGAAUUGGCAAAAAAGAGGUCGCAAUACAAGCAGUUUAAAGAUGAACUUUUGAUGAAUCCAUCAGAAAUCACAAGGAAAUUGGGCGAUUCUACCUCUCCUCAAAAUGGUGGACAGACAAGUGACGGAAAGGGCUUGCUUUCAAGGUCACAAAUACCUCAUGGGGAGCAUCCUUUGAGCCUAGGGAAGACUAGCAUCUGGAAUCAAUUUUUUCAGGAUACUGAGAUCAUUGAUCAGAUAGACCGUGAUGUAAAACGUACUCACCCAGACAUACAGUUUUUUUCUGGUGACUCUGCUACUGCAAAAGCCAAUCAGGAAGCUUUGAAAUAUAUACUCAUUGUUUUUGCAAAGCUGAACCCAGGAAUAAGAUACGUGCAAGGAAUGAAUGAAAUAUUAGCUCCAUUGUUCUAUGUGUUUAAAAAUGACCCGGAUGAGGAUUAUGUGGUCAAUGCUGAAGCAGACACAUUCUUUUGUUUUGUCGAGUUACUAAGUGGGCUUCGAGAUAAUUUCGUUCAGCAACUUGAUAAUAGUGUUGUUGGCAUCCGCUCAACUAUCUCAAAGUUGUCACUGCUCUUGAAGGAACACGAUGAAGAGCUAUGGCGACAUCUUGAGAUUACCACAAAAGUUAACCCACAGUUCUAUGCAUUUAGAUGGCUUACUUUAUUAUUAACCCAAGAUUUCACUUUUUCCGACAGUCUUCGCAUAUGGGACAUGCUCUUAAGCGACCCCGAAGGUCCUCAGGAGACCGUGCUUCGUGUUUGUUGUGCAAUGUUGAUUCUUGUUAGAAGGCGUUUGCUUGCUGGUGAUUUCACAGCUAAUCUUAAGUUACUCCAAAGUUAUCCGUCAACAAAUAUCAGUCAUCUGCUCUAUGUAGCCAGUAAACUACGUUCUCAUUCAACUCUCUGAUUACAUAGGGCAUUAGUUUAAAAUCAUUUUCCACAGAUUUCCUUGUACUUAUGAACUUGCUUUUGUAUGAUGCUCAAGUGUAAAUACCAGUCAAUUGUAGCCUGCAACUCGCAUAAACAUUUUUUUCAUGAAUUUUAUUUUAGCACUUAGACAUA